AUGUUUGCAUGGCAUCGUCGGCUGAUGGGAAUUAAGCCUAUUGUGCAUCCCAAGAUAAUGCAGUCACUGAGGAAUUUCAUUCAGCUGGUCCUCUCAGGUGAGGGUAGUGGCAGGGUUUUGAAAUACAACCCUGCUACCAUGGAAACCACUGUUCUCAUGCGGAACGUUCAAUUUCCAAACGGCAUUUCCUUGAGCAAGGAUGGUUCCUUCUUUGUCCUUUCCGAAGGGAUGAUUGGAAGAUUACGUAAAUACUGGCUAAAAGGAGUUAAAGCUGGAACUUCAGAGAUUUUAGCAAUCCUCCCUGGUUUUCCGGACAAUGUGAGAGUUGAUGGAAAUGGUGACUUUUGGGUGGCUCUCCAUUGUAGAAGGUAUAUGUACAGUUACCUGGGUGCUCUCUAUCCAAAAAUAAGAAAACUCAUACUCAAGCUACCUAUACCAACAAGGAUUCAAUACAUGUUUUACAUUGGAGGAAGGUUACAUGCUGUAAUUGCCAAGUAUAGCCCUGAAGGUAAGCUUCUGCAGAUAUUGGAGGAUUGCGAGGGGAAAGUCGUCAAAGCUGUAAGUGAAGUGGAGGAGAAAGACGGUAAACUAUGGAUGGGAAGUGUUCUAAUGCCUUUUAUGGCAGUUUAUAACUUGACAUGA